CUGAAUCCACCCGAAAGAUACCCAAACUCUAGCCCCUUCAACGGUUCUUUCUUCCAUUUUCACAACUUCGCAAAAUCCCAGCACUGAAACAGGCCGGCCAUGGAUACAACACCUCCGUCUCAUCGUUCGAGCAGAACAAGAUCGGCUUCAAGACUCUCCCCGCUCCGCUGUUUCAAUGACCUCGAAUUUGAAACUCUAAAUGUGGGGCCCUCUCCCUCACACUCACCUUCUGCUUCAUCUCCGAAGCCCCCUAAUAGCGUACCGAUCCGCGAUAUAUUACUUAUGUCGCCUUCUCUUGUUCGUAAGAAGAGUUCCCUUUCGGCCGAGAAGCUUGAAAUAGCUGACAAUGGUGUGGAGCUCAGCGGAGGUCGCAGGAGAUCCAGGAUUAGGAAUGUGGCCUCUCCCAGAAGUUGCAGGAGAUCGAGAAGGAGGUUAGAGAUAGAAUUGGUGAAAGAAGAGAAAGAUUUGGGAUCGGGAGAACAAAUUCAUAAGCCGAAGAAGAAGAAGCACAGUGGUAGAUAUAAGAAAGAUAAACUUGGCUUAGUUCCAAUACCAUCUCCAAAAUCAAUUGAAGGUGAAGGGGAAAAUCUGGAUAGAAUAAGUGAGCAGAUAUAUGAUCUGGUGUUGUGGAGGGAUGCAGCAAAAUCAAGCCUUUGGUUUGGGUUUGGUUCUCUCUGCUUUCUGUCUUCUUUUUUUGCCAAUGGAGUUAGCAAAAGUGUUGUUUCUGUCGUGUCUCAAGUUGGCCUGCUGUUUUUGGUAGUAUCAUUCUUCUCGAAUACGUUUCGUCCCAGCCACAAUGUUGAAGUUAAGCCGGAAAGAAGGCUUAAAGAAGAAGAUAUUCGUAGAAUUGCGAGAUUGAUACUUCCUUCAACAAAUCUUGCAAUCUCGAAGACAAGGGAGUUGUUUUCUGGAGAGCCUGCCAUGACCCUAAAAGUAAUACCAUUCCUUCUGGUUGGAGCUGAGUGUGGCCAUCUGUUUACUCUGUGGAGACUAUCUGCAUUUGGGUUUUUCAUCAGCUUCAUUGUCCCAAAAUUAUAUUCGUCGUGCUCUAGCCAAAUAUGUAUAAAAGCUGAGAGCUUUAGAUAUUGGGCCGUAGAGAGAUGGGGAGGUUGUUCUUACAAGAAGACUAUAGCAGCAUCUGUAUUGAUUGCCUUUUGGAACCUUACCUCUAUCAGAACCCGCAUAUUUGCUGCAUUCAUAUGCUUUGUAGUAAUUAGAUAUUGUAGACAGAACUCAGAAGAAAAAGCUGAAGAAGAGACUGUUAUAGGAGAAGUAAAAAAGAAAAGAGAUGAAAAUGAAGAUCACAAGGCAUUGAUUGUGUUUGAAUGAAUUCCGCUUGGCAUUACUUCUUGUUUUUUAUGUAUAAAAAUAAAAUCCUCUGGACCUCAAUAUUUGGGCCAUAGUUGAACAAAUAAAUUGGUGUGCAUCAUCUUCAUAUCCAAUGAAAUCUUAUACUUCGUAUAUGAGGUAAGGGUCAGAUGGUACUCGAAGUUGCAUAAAAAGGGUCAAAUAAGUCAUUAUAUUGGAGGCUUUGUCCAGCCGUUGCCAUUUGGGACGGUUCCAGGUGGAAUUUUUUGACGAAAGUUUUUGAACAUCUUAUUCAUUAAGUCUACUUUACUCAUACCAAAUUUCAGCUAAAUAUUCAACCGGGAAGACAUUCAAAUGAAUUCUUGAAGAUAACUGCACAGUUAAAAGUGCAUUUAUCUUCACGAAUUCAUUUGAAUGCCUUCCCAAUUGAAGUUUUAGCUGAAAUUUGGUAUGAGUAAACUAGACAUAAUGAAUAAGAUGCACAAACAAUUUCAUCAAAAAAUUCCACCGGGAACCGCCUAAAAUGGCGACGACCGGACAUUAAGGACUUAUUUCACCUUUUUUAUGCAACUUCGAGUACCAAUCUGACCCUUACCUCCUUUAUAUAUAUAGAAAGAUUUAUCUACAAAAGAAGAAGUGUGAACACUACUGCGGCAGUACGGAGUAGUAGUUUACUAUCCAACUAUUGAAACUGAAUGAAUAUUAAUAAUAAUUAACAUUAA